GGCUGUUCACACUAGAAGUUCUCCCUAUUUAUAACUUUUAAUUACUGUAAAGCGUGCGCGUUUUUGUUGCUUGGGUCGUUGGACGUCAUGGGACGCCGCAGCCGCAGCCGAAGUCGCAGCCGCGAUCGGCACAAAAGGGGUUCUAGCCGUGAGCGUAGAGCUUAUCGGAGCCGAAGCCGGGACAGGAGAGAGAGGUCAAAGGAGCGAGAUCGACGACGGAGCCGCAGCCGGAGUCGCAGCCGGGAUAGACGCGAGCGAGAUCGCGACUCCCGGCGGCGCAGCAGGUCCCGUUCCCCGGGCCGCGACCGCAGCCGCCGCUCCCGCUCUCGAGACCGCGACAGAGAGCGGGAGCGCGAGCGCGACAGGGACAGAGAGCGGGAGAGGGACCGCAGGACGCGGGAUGGAGAGCCCCGGGAGCAGUCGGGGGGGCAGCAGGCGCCAGCCACCCAGCAGCAGCAGCCGACUGGCGGCGCAGGGGAGGCAGCUGGCGGCGGCGGCGGGGGCGGCUCGGAGGCAGCUGACCGGCUGGCUCGGCUGGCGGCGUGGAGGGCGCGGCAGGAAGCCGCAACCGCCGCCGCCCCCACCGCUGCCGAGCCGUCGGCUGCCGCGGCGGCCCCCACCGCCACUGCCGCUGAGCCCAAGGUUUGGAUGCCCUGGGAGGAACCCGGGCUGCAGCCCGCAGCGGCGCCGGCCGCACCUCCACCCCCUGCCGCCGCAGCAGCACCCGCCGCCAUGGGACGCCACGAGGAGGAAGAGGAGGAGGACCCCGAUGCGGCCGCCGCGGCCGCCGCUGCCGAGGCGGCUGCCAUCCGCGAGCGCAUCCGCCUGGACCCCAGCUACGUGCCGCCUCAGGUGGCCGCCAAGCGCGCGCGGGACAUGGCUGACGACCUGGCUCGCCAGGCGGGCGGCGAGGAGGGCGAGGAGGACCCGCUGGACGCCUUCAUGGCUGCGGCGGUGAUGCCGGAGGUGAAGCAGCGGCAGGCGGAGGAGGAGGCGAGGAGGCAGGAGGAGCGCAGGAAGCUGGCGGAGCAGCUGGCGGCGGGGAAGGCCCCGCCUCCGCUCAAGGUGCUGGAGGACUCGGACGACGACGACCCGGACGCCAACCCGGACAUGGAGAUCCAGAUCCCCUCCAACAAGGUGAAGCUCAUGAUCGGACCGGGCGGCGAGAAGAUCAAGGAGAUCCAGAAGAAGUCCAAGUGCAGGGUGCAGGUCAAGAAGGACGAGAAGGAGCUCACCCGCGGCUUCGGAGCGAGCUUCAAGCUGGACGUGGAGGACCUGCUGCAGACGGGCGACAAGAAGCUGACCACCAUCAUGUUGUUCGGCGACCAGAAGGCGGUGGAGGCGGCGGAGCGCAUGAUCAUGGAGGCCAUCGAGAACAAGGAGCAGAAGCAGAAGAACAGGCAGAAGGAGUACGAUCGCAAGAGGGAGGCCAAGCGCCGCGAGCGCAUGCUCUACCACCUGCGCCACUCCAAGGACUACGAGGCCCUUGAGCUGCCUCUGGGCGCCUCCAAGCUGGACGUCAAGAAGGCCUACCGCCGACUGGCAAUGCAGUGGCACCCCGACAAGCACCCCGCCGACCCCGAGGCCGCCAAGGCGCGCUUCCAGCAGAUCCAGAAGGCGUACGACAGCCUGAUGAGCAGCAGCGAGGACGACAUCAUUGAGCAGCUGGCGGACAAGCCGGAGGCGGCGGCGUGAGGGGAAGGAGGGGAGGGGGCAGGGGUGGAGGUAGCGGCAAUGGCGUGCUAGGGUGCACAAGGCAGGUGUGGGAUUGUUACAUUUGUUAGGAUCUAGGAGCAUGGCAGGCUGGCACUGGUCCCACGUACGGACCGCCGUGAGAGCGCUGAGGGGGCUGAGGUGCGCUGGGUCUGACCCAGAUGGCCUUGCACCGAGAAAGGAGUUACAGGAGAGGGAGGGCAUGACACAAGCAAAGCCGGAGUGUGAGGAUGGGGCUGAGGCGUGGGGAGCAGCGGCGCCAUGUUGGGAGAGUGCUGUCGACCUCUUGACAGGGGAGUUGGAAAAAGAUAGGAGCCCAAUACCCAAACAGCAGGAACAGCUUGUGGUUUAAAUGGGCUGGAUGGAAUGGGUGGCGGCAAGGCCUGCGGCGGAUUGGACCUCGUUCCGCCUGGAUGACAGCCGGCGAAUGGUGGUGGAGUUGAUCACCCGUGUCCCUUUU